GGUCACACUGUUCAGCAGUUCGCGCGCUUUUCUUACAAUUUUUGCGUGAUUUUGAUCAUUUUUUAAUUGCGUGAAAAAAGAUUGUGACUGGAUGUUAUAUUGCCUUGCAGUGCAUCUUUAUAUAUUUAAUAAACUAACUUAAAUCUAACGCAAACGGAGCAAUGGACAUCGAUGACGUUGCGAAAGCGGGCGAAGCAUACCACACAGUGCAGCUGUCGACCAAAGAAGUGUUGGCUGCUGGUGGCCGUCAGAAUUAUUGCACCAUGAUAGACUUGCUGGCCACCAGCAGCAAGACCACGGGCCUUAUAGGCACUUCCUUCCACUGAUGUUCGACGCUGACCGAAAGAUACAGAACUGCGCCGUGGCCGCUCUGGCGGAGGCUCUGGUUGCCCUGGACGUGUCGGUGAUACAGGCCACAUGUUGGCAAAAAUUAAGGAGCGACUUUAUCGAGAAAUACACACCGCUGAUUGGGGAGAUGCGAGAUGCAAGGAACCCAAACUGGCACAAGAUCUGGACUUUUUUGGUGCAGAUAAUUGAUGAGGAGCUGCUACGGGGAUGCACCUACAUGAACAAAUUCCUGGCCAUCGUUGAGAUGGGCUUCCGGAAUCCAGACCACGGAGUGCGCUCCGAGGCCUUCCUUUGCUGGCGUGUGCUGAUCAAGAUAUUCGCCGCCUAUGAUGAGCUGGCAUCUUCGAAGCGCCUUCGACUGCUCUUGAUACCCCUGCGCACCUCUCAGUCACGCUCCUCUCAUGUGAGCGGGAUUAAGCUGCGUGUCUGGUGGUACCUCAUCACCUGCCUUCACUCAGAGUUACCAAAGACCUUUGACAAUGCCGUCGAGCAUUUCCUAAUCUUCAUCUUCGGCGGCGGACCGCAGGGUCUGGCCACCGGGUUGGCCCACAACUAUCAGUCGUCCCGCGAGCUCGCCCUGCCCUGCCUCGUGUCGCUGUGGAAUGUCGACUCCAGUGAACCCCUGCAUCGUCUGAUGCGUGAGCUUCGCCUGGAGCCACUUACCCAGCCCUCACCAUUGAUGAGUUCAGAGGUCUUGCAGCAGCACUGGCGUCCCCUGCUGGCUGCCGCUGUGGCAGGCAUGAAGCUGCUCACCCAGAACGACUCCACGGAGUCGGAGCAGCUGUUGCUGCAACUGCUGAUGCGCAACCUAUGCCGCGCAAUGUUCAGGCUGGGCAUUGCCUCCUUCAACAUAGCUUGCUGCGGGGAAAUCGAGUCGAGUCUGCUCAGUCCUGUCGCGUCAGGUGGUCGCAUAGUGCGAGCGGUCUUUAACACCAUAGCGAGUUAGAGCCUGGAGAUGGAGCGGGUGGCC